CAUCAUGGAUUCUUGGAGUCGAUACGGGAGACGUAGGAGGAAACAGAUCGAAAUGUUCUGGUUCUUGUCGUUGGUUGCAGUGUUGUCUGCUCUGCAAGCAGUAAAGGUGUCUCCACUCAUAGAGAAAGUCAGUGACCACAAGGAUUUCAAAAAACUUCUCAGAACCAGAACUAAUGUUCUUGUCCUGUAUACUAAGUCAGCUACAUCUGGAGAUGCUCAACUGAAGCUGCUCUCUGAUGUUGCUCAGACUGUGAAAGGUCAGGGCACCAUCGCCUGGGUCAACUGUGGUGAUUCAGAAGGCCGCAAACUCUGUAAAAAAGUGAAGGUAGACCCUAGCUCGAAAUCCAAAGGCGUGGAGAUCCUGCAUUACAAGGAUGGGAACUUCCACACAGAAUACAACAGACCAGCCACAUUUAAGUCCAUGGUGGCAUUUCUAAAAGACCCCGCCAGUGCCCCCCUGUGGGAGGAGAACCCUGAGGCUAAAGACAUUGUUCACAUCCAGACAGAGAAGGACUUCAAGAAGCUGCUGAAAAGAGAGGAGAGGCCCAUCCUAAUGAUGUUUUACGCCCCAUGGUGUGGUGUGUGUAAAAGGAUGCAGCCAAUUUUUCAGCAAGCAGCCACUGAGACAAAAGGGAAAUAUGUGCUGGCGGGGAUGAACGUGCACCCAGCAGAGUUUGACGGGCUCAAACAGGAGUUCAACGUCAAGGGCUACCCAACCUUCUGCUACUUUGAAAAGGGAAAGUUCCUGCAUCAUUACGAGAAUUAUGGAGCCACCUCCAAAGACAUCGCUGACUGGUUGAAAAAUCCCCAGCCUCCACAGCCUAAAACUCCAGAGGUGCCCUGGUCAGAUUCGGACUCGGCGGUCUUCCAUCUGACGGAUGAGUCCUUUGAUACCUUCCUGGAGAAGCAUCCUGCAGUCUUGGUCAUGUUCUACGCUCCCUGGUGUGGACACUGUAAGAAGAUGAAGCCAGAGUAUGAUGAAGCUGCUGAGAUGCUCAACAAAGAUCCAGAUAGCCCAGGUGUAUUGGCAGCAGUGGACACUACCAUUCACAAGUCCAUAGGAGAGCGCUUUAAAAUCUCAGGAUUCCCAACAGUGAAGUACUUUGAAAAGGGAGAAGAGAAGUACAUACUUCCUCAGCUCCGCAGCAAAGACAAGAUUAUCGAGUGGCUGCAGAAUCCCCAGGCACCACCUCCUCCAGAGAAGUCGUGGGAGGAGAUGCCGUCCAGCGUGAACCACUUAGGAGCUGAAGAUUUCAGGGAAUCUCUGAAAAAGAAGAAACAUGCCUUGGUCAUGUUCUAUGCUCCAUGGUGCCCGCACUGCAAAAACUCCGUCCCUUAUUUCACGACGGCAGCCGAACUUUUCAAAGAGGACCGCAAGAUUGCAUAUGCUGCAGUCGACUGCACGAAGGGACAAAACAAUGAGUUGUGUAAACAGGAAGGGGUUGAGGGCUACCCAACAUUCAACUAUUACAACUAUGGCAAGUUCAGUGAGAAAUACAAUGGGGAAAGAGGGGAGGCAGGUUUUACAGGCUUCAUGCGAAAUCUCAGGGGCCGAGACCAGGAGAAAGUUGGCAAACGGAAAGAGGAGCUCUAAUUGUGUGGGAGUGCUACUGUACGUGAGAGGAGCCUAUAAUUGCACUGUGACUUGGGCAGAAACAUCCCAGCACUGAUGUCACAGACUUGAAAACCUCAGCUAAAAGGCUAUUUUUUUAUACAACUUAUGUUUUCUAAUAAUAAUGUACAACCAUCAGACAACUUCAGACUUUGCAUUUUGUUUUCUUUUUUUUUGUGAGAAAUUGUUCCCAAAUACUGUGACUUCAGUUACUGAAAUCUAUGCAAUACUGGGCCUUCAUUCCCCAGGGGGGCCUGUACAUGUGAUGAAUAACUGGUGUUUGUGGAGACAGCCAGUUAUCGCCAGGAUGCAUUGACAUCACUCCCAUUCCAGUGAGGAGGGAUCAUGUGUACAAUCGGAUCUGCAAAUAUUUUUGUAUUAAAAAGGGAGAAAAUUGUUGUAGCUCAACUUGGUGGCCUUAAAUGUUUGGAUAACUGUGUUGUCCAAACCGUGUAGUGCAUAUUUGACAAUAUUUUGUGGAUAAAGUAGGGCCAUGUAUAAAUUACAUGUAUUCACAUGUAUUCAAGCAAGUCAUUCUUCUUUUCCUUGACUUAUGUUUCUUUGUUGGUUGUGACAAAAUGAUAUUACAAAACAAUGGGAGAUUGUGGAAAAUGCCACACAAAAAAUAACUGUGGGAGGGCGGGGCCGGGUCGUGAUCCUACACACCCGGUCCCAUAUUAGGCUAAUAUUGCCUCAGAGAGGGAUAAAGGUCGACUGCAGAGGAUCGUGCGGGAGAGAGAGAUCCAGCCCUGCCCUCCGCCCUGCCACAAUAACAUUUUACAUAAUUAUGUUUCCAAAAAUGGCGAUUGCAAUUCUGGGCCCUUCGUGUUCUAUUGUAACAUAACGUUCCAUGUAUGAGCCAAAGUCUUGUCUGGUUUGUAUGUCUAGUCUGGUUAUAAAGUCUGACUGCUGCUGUAUCCUCCCUCUCCUGAAUUACAGUGCCAUUCUAGAUAUUUAAUACACAUGUAUUAAAUCUCUAUUUUCGCCGUGUCCUAACCAGAUGUGACGCUAUAAAUUGAUAAAAGCUCUGUAAAUCAGAUGUUUUUUCCUAAUCAGUAGCUGCAACAAGCACCAAACGAACGUUUUGUCAAUCGCUUGGUUUCUUUCUCUGCAGCAUCAUGCAAGGUCACCCCAACCACAGUGUUGCAUCUGGUUAGGACAAUUUUAUUAGCAUGGGAAUACAGUAAAAACUGUAAGUUAUAAUGGGAACUGUACAUCAUAAUGCAAUAUACUUAUCCCCAUUUAUGUAGGAGGGAAAUUAAUUAUUUAGAUUAUAUUUCGCUUAAGAAAAAUUACAUUUUGUCAUCAUUUACUUGCCCUCAUGUGGUUCCAAACCCAUAUGACUUACUUACGAGAUGUUAGGUAGAAUGUUAGCUUCAGUCACCAUUUACUUUCUAUCAUUGUAUGAGAAAAAAAACAUGCAAUGAAAGUGAACGGUGACUGAGACUGUCAGUCCCUAACAUUCUGCCUAAUGUCUCCUUUUUGUGUUCCAUGGUAGAAAGAAAUUCAUACAGUAUGUUUUUGGAACAUGAGGGUGAAUAAAUAAUAAUAGAAGGAAAGGUUUUUGGUGAACUCUUCCUUUAAGGCAGUUGAAUGUUUCUGAUUUAACAGUUUCGCUGGAUAUUUCUCAGCCAGGUGAUGGCAUUCUUCUUGAUACCACAACCUUUACCAAUAUCUCUGUGGCAACUGAACUACUGUGUGACGAAAAAACCCUGCUCUAGGCAGUAUAUAUAUUUAAUGGUCCUGUAGCUGAACUUUUGUUGUAUAAUUCAGAGGAUUGGUCCAUUUUAUUAUGAAUAAGGUUCUCAGGGAUAGUGAAACACAAUUGAAGAGAGCUCAUGCACAUUAUAAUUUGCAAUUCAGAUGGGUGUUCACUAUUCACAUCGCCAAAUUAUGAAUUGUUUACAUGUGUCUUCAGGAGAUGGAAAACAAAAAUCAUUGAACAUGAAUUCCGUUUACAUUUCCUUGCCAAAUAUGUGGCAUGAAGUAUUGUAUAGAACAUGACGAGCCAAGGACCACUGAGGCAUGGAUGUCAAGUAUAUGCAAGAUGAUGGUUUCAAGUUAAAAAUCCAGUUUCCGCAGACAGUUCAGUCACAAAUGAAAAUUCUGACAUCAUUUAAUCACAUUCAUGUUGUUCCAAACCCAUAUGACUUAACGUUUUUCAUUGGAACACAAAGUUAUUUGUCAGGCAGAAUGUUAGGGGCUGACAGCCUCAGUCAUCAUUUACAUUUAUUGUAUGGUAAAAUAUGUAAUAAUGGUGACCGAGGCUGUCACUCCCUAACAUUCUGCUUAACGCCUUCUUUUGUGUUCCACGGAAGAAUGUUGUGCAUGAGGGUGAAUAAAUGAUGAUCGAAUUGUUGUUUUUUGUGGGAACUAUCCCUAUAAGGGCCAAAUGUAAUAACUUUCUGAAUUCAUAUCACAUAGCCAAAUGUAAAUUAUACCCAAUGAGGGAAGGAAACAAUCCAAUCCAUUGUUAACAAUAGUCCAAAUCAACAAAUUAAAUUAAAACGUGCACAGAUUUGUCUCAAUUCCUGCCACUGCUGUAGAGACAUGGUUCAUUUGUACAUUGCAUUUCCAUCAAUAUUUGGAUGGUCAGGGGCCUCCAUGUGGUUCCAUUGAUUUGCUUUGUCAUAGGAAAUUCUGCUAUGUCUUAUCCCAAUGGUUCAUGGAAUGUGGGAACUACCACAAUGAUGCCAAGAAUUCAUUUUCACCUUUGUUGAUUUUUUUUGCCCAGCCAUAUGCACAAUGCAAAAUAAAGGCAUACAUUUCCAAAAAA